GAUGACGACGAUGAUGCCGAUGACGACGAUGGUGCAGAUGAUGAUGCAGGAGAUGAUGAUGAUGGAGAUGAUGAUGAUGGUGACGAUGAUGGAGAUGACGCAGAUGAUGGUGAUGACGAUGAUGAUGACGAUGAUGGAGAUGAUGAUGGUGCCGAUGAUGAUGACGGAGAUGACGACGAUGAUGCCGAUGACGACGAUGGUGCAGAUGAUGAUGCAGGAGAUGAUGAUGAUGGAGAUGAUGGUGACGAUGAUGGAGAUGACGCAGAUGAUGAUGAUGACGAUGAUGAUGAUGGAGAUGAUGAUGGAGACGAUGAUGCUGAUGAUGGUGCCGAUGAUGAUGACGGAGAUGACGAUGCAGAUGACGACGAUGAUGCCGAUGACGACGAUGGUGCAGAUGAUGAUGCAGGAGAUGAUGAUGAUGGAGAUGAUGAUGAUGGUGACGAUGAUGGAGAUGACGCAGAUGAUGGUGAUGACGAUGAUGAUGACGAUGAUGGAGAUGAUGAUGGUGCCGAUGAUGAUGACGGAGAUGACGACGAUGAUGCCGAUGACGACGAUGGUGCAGAUGAUGAUGCAGGAGAUGAUGAUGAUGGAGAUGAUGGUGACGAUGAUGGAGAUGACGCAGAUGAUGAUGAUGACGAUGAUGAUGAUGGAGAUGAUGAUGGAGACGAUGAUGCUGAUGAUGGUGCCGAUGAUGAUGACGGAGAUGACGAUGCAGAUGACGACGAUGAUGCCGAUGACGACGAUGGUGCAGAUGAUGAUGCAGGAGAUGAUGAUGAUGGAGAUGAUGAUGAUGGUGACGAUGACGGAGAUGAUGACGAUGAUGAUGACGAUGAUGAUGACGAUGAUGAUGAUGGAGACGAUGAUAAUGCAGAUGAUGACGACGAUGGAGAUGAUGAUGGAGAUGAUGAUGCAGGAGCAGAUGACGUUGAUGAUGGAGCAGAUGACGUUGAUGAUGGAGCAGAUGAUGAUGAUGAAGCAGGAGAUGAUGAUGGAGAUGAUGAUGGUGACGAUGAUGCUGCAGAUGACGAUGCAGAAGAUGACGUUCUUGUCGAUGAUGGAGCCGAUGAUGGAGCCGACAAUGACGUCGCAGUUGAUGAACACCCUGCUAUUGCUAUGCCACCAGAAGUUGGCAGUAACGAAGCUAGCAACAGAGCUCGAGCUUUCGGGUAAGAUUUUGCCUUAAAAUAACCUACAUUUGUGGUUUUAUAAAUCUGUUAAAAGUCUUCAGCUUUUCUCUUUAUUACUUUCUUACAUACCUGAUAAUUUGGGGUUUUUUUAGUGAGAGAGCAGAGAGCGCUCCAGCAAUGACAAAUAGUGCAUCAAAACUUGGCGGACCAUUCCAAUGGAUUUCAUGGCUUUUAACUAGACGAAACCUCUUAGGUAAGACGAGUAUACCUGUUUUUGCCAAAGCUUUCGAUCUGUACGGCAUAAGCCCGGAUCUUCAUUAGUAGUAAUUAUAUAAGACAACAUUUAAAUUCACACAACAUGCUUACAAUAAAUUUUGUGAAAAAAACACUAAAUUCGUUUUUCUUUCGUUUUUAAAACAGCGGCCUAAUAGAAGAUUCCUAGACGACGGGAUGACGUUGGUUUUAACGAUUAAACUGUUCUCCAUUGAAAGGGAUUCUCGACUUUCUCUGGCAACUAUGAGAUGGAUUGAUUUGUUGGAAAUCAACCGACAUUCCGUCAUUGAUAUUUAAACACUAUAACCAUUGUCUUACGAAUAAGACAGACAGGGUGAACAAUUGUAGCAAUAAUUUGAAUAAAAAGUCCAAAUAAAUUAUGUGUAUUUUUCAAAUUGAAAUAUAUUUAUGAUCAUGA